AUGGUCUACCAAACAGAAGAUACAGAAAUGGUACACGAAUCAGGCGUUUACACACUUAAAAUCCAUGGGUGUACACGUGAUAUGACUGGCACAAUUCGUUGUGUUGCUGGUAAUAAAAUGGGAGAGGCUAUUAUUGAGGGAAAAUUGGUGGUCGUUGCUCCAGUACCCGUGGAGUUUGAAACUGGUUUGUGCGACGCAACCUGUCGUGAGGGUGAUACGCUCAGACUUAAGGCUGUUCUACUCGGAGAACCAAUGCCCGAAGUUUCUUGGUUUAUUAAUGGGAAUAAAUUAGUGGAGAGCCAGAACUGCAAAAUUACAACAAUUGGAACAACAUACACCGUUCUAAUUCGAAAUAUUACACAAGAAUAUGCCGGUAGCGUUGUUUGUGAGGCCGUUAAUGAAUUUGGAAAGGCCUCUUCACAAGCAACGUUGAGAGUUUUACCAAGAGGUGAACCUCCUGAUUUUAUUGAGUGGCUUAGCAACGUGCGGGCACGUCAAGGAUCUGAGGUCAUCCACAAAGUCGUUUACACGGGAGAACCUCGCCCAGCUAUUAGUUGGUUCAUUAACAAUCAAGAAAUUGUUACUAGUACUGAAGAGAUAAUUAUUACAACAACUGAGAACACUUCAACCUUAACGAUACGUUCGUUUAAUCCCGAAAGGCAUGUUGGAGAAAUUAUUUGUAAGGCUGAAAAUGAUGCCGGAGAAGUAUCCUGUACAGCAAAUAUGGCUACCUAUACUUCCGAUAUGUUCACCGAAUCAGAAAGCGGUUCCCAAGUUGAGGAACGUUUGGAAGAGGAUUUGAUGGAAACCAUGAGAACUUCAACCCCCAUAAUGGCACCAGCCUUUAUUACAAAAAUAAAGGAUACAAGAAUCCAACGUGGACAUCAAGCAAUAUUUGAAUGUGUUGUGCCUGACACUAAAGGUGUUUGUUGUAAAUGGUUACAUGAUGGAAUGGAGAUUGAGUUAAUCGCUAGAAUCAGAGUUCAAGUUCAGACAAUUGAAGGAUUUACAACCUCAGAGUUGGUUAUUGAUGCAGUAGAACCCGAAGAUGCUGGGAAAUAUACAGUUAUUGUUGAGAAUGAAGCGGGGAGGGCUCAAUGUGAAGCUGAAUUGACUGUCGUUGAAACAAUGGACAAACCUGUCCAGAUGCCCCCCGAUUUUAGCAUCAAAUUACAGGACAAAUCUGUUCCCCUCACAGAAAGGGUUACAUUUGAGUGCAAAGUUACUGGAUUACCCGAGCCACAAAUUGGAUGGCUUCAAGAUGGAAAGCCUUUGGAUUCUUUGCCUGGAGUGCGCACUGAAAGCGAUAAGGGCAUCCAGCGUUUAAUAAUUGAAAGUGUGGAGAGAGUCCAUGAAGCUUGUUAUACUUGUACUGCUGAAAAUGUGAUAGGAAAGGCAGAAACUUCAGCAAAUCUACGUGUUGAAACAAUGGCACCCGUAUUUACUCGUCCCCUAACUGAUCUACAAGCACAAUUGGGUGGCCAAGCAGUUUUAGAAUGCCAUGUUAAGGGAAUUCCACAGCCAACAGUUGAAUUUUACUCAGCACAUGACAAUUUCCGCAUUCAAACUGGCACUCGAGUUAGUAUUCAACAUGAUGCUACAAACAUACAAUGGAGAAUGGUUAUUAAAGAAAUGCAGCAAGGUGAUUUCCGCACUUAUCGAGCAGUUGCUCGAAAUGAAAUUGGACAAGUUCAAUGUGAAGCCAAAAUUGUUGAACAAGAGACUAGCUUGGAACGCCCUCGAAUUAUUGAACCAUUAAAACGUUCUCGAGUUCGUGAGGGUGAAACAGUAGAAAUGGGUGUUCGAGUAGCGGGUGGUCGGCCAGGAAUGCCAUUGGAAGUUGAAUGGUUCAAAAAUGGAACACCUCUGGUACCAGCAGAUCAACGUGUUCGACUAGUUGAAUAUAGAGAUAGUGGAGAGUUUAAACUUAUUAUAGAAGAUGCGCGUAUGGAAGACGCUGGAGACUAUGGGAUUCAAAUUAGCAAUCAAGCUGGUAAAGAUAGUAGCCAUGCACAAUUAGCUGUUGAUAAAAAGGAAGAAUUACAAAAAGCACCAGAAUUUACUCAGCCAUUACGUGAUGUAUCCAUUCGUGAGACUGAAACCGUUGUUUUAACAUGCACAGUUUCUGGCGAACCAAAACCGCAAGCUCAAUGGAGUUGUGACGGAAAGCCUGUAUAUGAUGAUGGACAACGGAUCAGAAUUAUUAGUGAGACAGUAGAUGAGAUUCAAGAACGACAUUCUGUUACUAUUACUACUUCAACACCUUCAGAAUCUGGGCUUUAUACGUGUAAGGCAGUCAAUCCAGCAGGGGAAGCUGAAACACGUGGACGUCUAACAGUUCGUGAGGAUUUGGCCCCUCCUGUUUUCACAGAACUUUUACGUGAUGUACAAAUUCGUGAAAGUGAAACAGUUACAUUUUCGGUUACUGUAGAAGGAAGACCAACACCACAAAUUCAAUGGCUUAAAGAUAGUCAAACGAUUCAAUUAGAUACACGAAUUGUUCAACAAGAGAUUGAUGAACAAAGAGGACAUUAUGUUGUUCAGCUAAAAGAUGCUUUAAUCUCCGAUACUGGACUUUACAGUUGCCAAGCAACAAAUAAAGCUGGGCAAGCUAAAACCGAUAGUCGUGUAACUGUGGAGGAAUUGUUGGAAACCCCUAAAUUUACGGAAGGUUUGCGACAAGUAGAAGUACGUGAAGGUGAUUCAGCAACAAUGUCUGUGGUGGUUAGUGGAGUGCCUACGCCAGAAAUAUUUUGGUACAAAGAUGGAUCUCCAGUUGAAAUUGACGGACAACACAUAAUCCGACGUGAUUCAGAUAAUCAACACAGCUUGACCGUUCAAAAUGCUAUCCUUCGCGAUGCCGGUACAUAUACUUGUCAAGCAAAAAACAAGGCUGGUCAAUGCGUAACACAAGCACAGCUUGGAGUAAUAGAACAACUAGAGGCCCCCAAAUUUGUUGAUGGCUUAAAACCUAUCGAAUUAAAGGAAGGUGAAACUGCCAAAAUGUCUGUCCAGGUGGAUAGUAAACCAGCACCUAAAGUUCAGUGGUUUAAAGACGGACAACCCGUUAAUGUUGAUGGUGUUCAUAUAGUCGCUACAGAUGAUGGAAAUGGAAAGCACGAAUUAAUAAUUAAAGAUGCCAAAAAUAAUGAUGCUGGAACUUAUACUUGUAAGGCAACUAAUAAAGUUGGAGAAGCGGAAUCACAGGCAAAAUUUGCUGUUAUUGAGGAAUUGGAAGCACCCAGAUUUGUUGAUGGGCUUAAACCUGUUGAAGUAAAAGAAGGAGAAACAGCCAAAAUGUCAGUUGAAGUAACCGGAAAGCCUGAACCAGAAGUUCAAUGGAACAAAGAUGGAUGGCCUAUUCAGGUUGAUAAUGUCCACACUAUUGUUAAAGAUGAAGGGAAGGGCCAACACAGCUUAACAGUAAAAGAUGCCAAUACGGCAGAUGCUGGAACCUAUUCAUGCAAAGCAACGAAUAAAGUUGGAAUGGCUGAAACACAGGCUAAAUUUGGGGUUAUAGAGGAUCUAGAAGCGCCAGAAUUUACCAAAGGAUUAACCCCUGUUGAAGUAAAAGAAGGGGAAACGGCCAAAAUGUCUGUUGAAGUAAAGGGCAAACCAAUAUCACAAGUUCAAUGGUUUAAGGAUGGGCAACCUGUUCAAGUUGACGGAAUUCAUGUAGUUGCUACAGAUGAUGGACAUGGAAAGCACGAACUAAUAAUUAAGGAUGCGAAAAAUUCUGAUGCAGGAACAUACAGUUGUAGAGCAACAAAUAAGGCUGGUUCUGCCGAAACUCGAACCAACUUUGCAGUUAUAGAAGAAAUGGAAGCUCCAAAAUUUGUUGAUGGACUUAAACCUGUUGAAGUAAAAGAAGGAGAAACAGCCAAGAUGUCAGUUGAGGUAACUGGAAAGCCUGAACCAGAAGUUCAGUGGAACAAGGAUGGAUGGCCUGUUCAAGUUGACAAUGUCCACACUAUUGUUAAGGAUGAAGGGAAGGGCCAGCAUAGCUUAACAGUAAAAGAUGCAAAUCUUGCUGAUGCCGGAACCUAUACUUGUAAGGCAGUGAAUAAAGCAGGACAAGCUGAGACUCAAGCCAAAUUCGGAGUUAUAGAAGACGUUGAAGCUCCAAGAUUUACAGAACCACUUAAAGAGCUUACAGUCGAACCUGGACAAAAUCUCGUCAAUCUUGAGUGUACAGUACAAGGAAAACCAGAACCUGAGGUCCGUUGGACUCGCAAUGGAGAACCAAUAUAUAUGGAUGGAGUCCAUGCUGUUACUAAAAAAAAUGAUAAAGGACAUCACACUUUAACUAUCUCAAAUGCACAAAAAGAAGAUGCUGGGGUUUAUAAAUGUGAAGCUAUUAAUAAAGCUGGAAGGGAUGAAACGAGUGCUCCUUUAAAAUUCCCAACAGAACAUGUAGUUGAACCAAUGAAGGAAGGACAGGUACAACCAAUAUUUACACGAAAACUAGAGCCACAAACAGUGAAAGAGGGUGAAACCGUGGAGAUGAGUUGUCAAGUCAAUGCAACUGAAUCAAAACCAGAAAUCCAAUGGUUCCAUGACGGUCGACAAAUCUCCCCUCAAGCUUCCCCGAAUAUUCAAAUGGAGCAAUCUGCAGAUGGCACUUUGCGCUUGCGAAUUCUUCAUGCCACAAAAGAUGAUGUUGGGGCGUAUCGUUGUGAAGCCGUCAAUCCUGUUGGAAAGGCUGAAACAAGUGCUCCUCUUCGAUAUGCCCAACAAGUUGCGAUUGAACAACCCAUGGAAGAAACAUUUCUUUCUUGGCGUCGACAACUACAAGAUCAACAAGUUCAAAAAGGGACAACAAACGUCGUUUUCGAGUGUGAAUUGGCACCUACUGCGGCUAGAGGGAUACGCUUUGACUGGCUCAAAGAUGGUGCAAUUUUAGCUAAUAAAUUAUUGCAAUAUGCUCUACGAAUUGAGCAAAGCCCAGAUGGGUUUACUCAGCGGCUAAUUUUUGAAUGUGCUCAAUUUGAUCACAUUGGCGUUUAUCGAUGUGUUGCUACAGAUGUUAAUGGCAAUCAAAUUUGGACCGAGGCUAGACUUGGAGUUAUUGCGCCAGCUGAAGGUGGCGAGAUGGCACCUGGUCCACCCGAAUUUGUUGAACUUCUCAAAUCUGCAACAACAACGAUAGGGGGAACUGUUGUACUUCGUUGUAAAGUGAAAGGAUUUCCUCGACCUACAAUUACUUGGAGUAGACAAGGCUAUGGCCCUGUGACAGCAACAGAUCGUAUUAGUAUGGAAUAUCAUGAUGAUGGAACUAUUAUUUUAACGAUUAAAAAUGCCGAAAUGGAGGAUACUGGUGAAUAUCGCUGUGAUGCUGAAAAUGAAUAUGGGACUGCUUGGACUGAGGGCCCGAUUAUUGUUGCUGCAGAGGGUAGUCUGCCUAUUGAUGGAGAGGCACCUGAUUUUACUGAGCCAAUACGUCCUAUAACUGUCCGAGUUGGUAUGAACUAUAAUUUGAAAAAUAUUUAUGAUUAUUCCCCCAAUCUCUCAGGUGGCACUGGAAUUCUUGAAGGCAAAGUUACUGGACUUCCCUUCCCAGAAAUCAAAUGGUAUAAGGGUGAUCAGCUUCUCGUUCAAGGGGCAAAUCCCCGAUACCGUAUCGAGGCACAUCCUGAUGGAACACAACGUCUAAUUAUCACUGAUGCACAACUUGGGGAUAUGGAUGAUUAUCGCUGCGAAGCUAGCAAUAAAUACGGGGAUGUUUGGAGUGAUGUGACAUUAACCGUUUCAACCCACACUCCUGAAGUUUCUGAAAUGCAAGGUCCAACUGCACCAAUAUUCGUUAAACCUCUCCAAGAGGUUCAUGCUCAAGAGGGUGCACCUGCUGAGUUGGAAUGUGUUGAUGGUGAACCAAUUGAUGCUGGGGAUGUUCAUUUCAAACAAACUCUUUUCCCUGAUGGCACAGCACGCCUAACACUUCCUGCCGCACGUAUUACCGAUGCUGGCCAAUUCCGAUGUGAAGCAACUAAUCCAUCUGGAAAAGCAUCAACGGAAGCUCCUCUUCGCGUAGUUUUAGCAGAAAAAAUGCCUGAAAUUCCGAAGGAAAUGGUGCCAGAAUUUGUUGAACAACUUAAACCUGUACAGGCCAAGGAAGGAGAAGAACCCUUCUUUGAAUGUAAAAUACAUGGAACUCCAAAACCUGAUGUUAAAUGGUACAAAAAUGGCCGAGAACUUGGACCCGAUGAUGGGAAAAUUGAAUCAUUACCAGACGGCACACAGCGCCUUCAUUUGCCUCCAGUCGGCCCCAACGAUGAUGGAAAUUAUUACGAAUGUGUAGCAACAAAUCCAGCAGGGUCUGCUAGAUCUGGAGCGCCGCUAACUGUUACUCGUGCGUUUAUAAGAAUAGUUCAAUUAAUAUACUCAAAUUUAGCAUCCGUCAAAGAGACACCUCCAACAUUCAAACGUGGCCUACAAGAUCAGAACCUUCCUAAGGGCUCUCCUCUCGUUUUGGACGUAGAAGUCGAUGGAAAACCAACGAAUAUUCAAUGGUUCAAAGAUGGACGUCCAUUAGGCCCUGGUGAAGAUUUGGGCAAUGGACAUUAUCGUUUAAUGGUUCCCGAACUCAAAGAUGACGGGGACUUUGGCAAGUAUUCCGUACAAGUUUCAAAUGGAGCUGGUUCGGCCGACAGCGCCGCUGCUGUUACUGAAGCUGAAUCAAAACCAGAAAUCGUCAAAGGUCUAUUGCCUGUAAGCGUUCGAUCUGGCGAACCUGCCAAAUUCGAAGUCCAAGCUCGUGGACCUGUUAGAACCGUUAAAUGGUACAAGAACGGAAAGGAAUUGGAAAAUCCUGUAGUUGAAGAGGACAAAGCUGCUGGAAUUUAUCGUCUGAUUAUACCAUCAGCUAAUGAAGAUGAUCAAGGGGAUUACAAGGUUGUAUUAUCCAACAAUGCUGGAGAAGCAGAUUCCUCUGCCCCACUUACAGUACUCCCUCCUGCACUUCCUCCUCUAGGCUUUGUCCGUCCUCUAACAGAUCAACAAGUGCCAAAAGGCCAAACUGCAGUCCUAGAAAUCGAAACUAACAGAGCUCCUAAAAUAGUAAAAUGGUAUAAAAAUGGUGAAGAAUUAAAGCCCGGACAAGUGAAAGCACAGCCAAAACAGAUAUCUGAUACUAAAUUUAAACUAGAGAUUCCUGAUGCUGAUGAAAUUGAUGCAGCUAAUUAUUCGGUCAAAGUCUUUGACAAAGAAGACGAACCGGGUGCCGAUUCUAGCUGCCAACUUAGAGUUUUACUUCCAGCUGAAAAGCCUGGUUUUAAAAGACCUUUGCGAGAACAAACAAUUCCGGAAGAGGAUGAAUUAUUACUUGAAGUUGAAACUAUUGGGAAGCCUCACAUUGUUAAAUGGUUUAAAAAUGGCCAAGAAGUUUCUCCAUCGAAUCGUAUCAAAAUUGAGCAAUUGGGGCCUGAUCAAAUCCGUCUUACUAUCCCUUCUGCUCUAAGAGAUGAUUCUGGGCUUUAUUCUGUCGAGAUUGAAAAUGAUGCUGGAAAGGCUAAAUGUGAAGCUAAACAAAUUGUUGAACCCUUCCCAGAAUUUAUUAAACCACUCAAGGAUUUGGAAGUUGAUGAAGGUGCGGUGGCGGAAUUUAUGUGUGAAACUAAUUUAAGAAGCUUGCCACGAGUUGUUAAAUGGUUUAAAAAUGGAAGUGAGAUCAUAGCAAAUGAUAGGAUCCAAAUAAUCUCUGAACCGAAUAUUGGAAUAUUCAAAUUAAUUAUUAAAUCAGCCAUAAAAGAAGAUAUUGGAACAUACAAAAUUCUUCUAGAAAAUACUGCUGGAAAGGCAGAAAGUUCUGCUCAGCUAGGUGUGCGAUCCUUAGCAAAAGUACCAGGAUUUGAACAACCCCUUCGUGAGCAAACAAUUCCUGAGAAGGAUCAGCUUGUUUUGGAGGUUAAGACUACUGGAAAGCCAACUUUGGUCAAAUGGUACAAAAAUGGCCAAGAAUUAUUGCCAUCAGACCGCAUUCGAAUGGAACAAUUAGGGCCUGAUCACUUCCGUCUUAUCAUUCCUUCUGCUUUAGCUGAUGAUUCUGGUCUCUAUUCUGUAGAAAUUGAAAAUGAUGCUGGAAAGGCUAAAUGUGAAGCUAAACAAACUGUUGAACCCUUCCCAGAAUUUAUUAAACCACUCAAGGAUUUGGAAGUUGACGAAGGUGCUGUGGCAGAGUUUAUGUGUGAGACUAAUUUGAGAAGUUUGCCACGAGUUAUCAGAUGGUUUAAAAAUGGAACUGAGAUCAUUGCUGAUGAUAGAGUACAAAUAAUCUCUGAACCGACUACCGGCAUCUUCAAAUUAAUUAUUCGUUCUGCCAUAAAAGAAGAUAUUGGAUCAUAUAAGAUUCAGCUAGAAAAUUCUGCUGGAAAAGCUGAAAGUUCUGCACAAUUGUCUGUUCGCCCUCUCAAGAAACUAGAACCUCCUAAAAUUGUAAAAGCUCUGCUUGAUCAGAUCGUUGCUGAAGGAGAGCCUCUAACAUUUGAGGUCCAAAUACAGGGAGAUGUUGAUGAGAUUAAAUGGUUAAAGGAUGAAUUUCCUGUCGGCAAAGAUGCUCGAAUUCAAGUGCAGAAAGUUGAUGAUCAAACGUACCGUCUGACAAUCCCAGCUGCUGCUCUCUCAGAUGCUGGCGAAUUCGAAGUUCAAGCUAUCAAUGCUGCAGGCAAGGCAGCUUCUACUGCCCGUGCCGAAGUCGAUCAGGCACCUAGGAUUGUUCAAGGACUCCUUCCAGGAGAUAUUCUUGAAGGAGAUGAACAUCUAUUCCGUGUUGAGGCUUCAGCCCCUAUUCGAACUGUAAAAUGGUUCAAAGAUGGCCAGGAAAUUACGGCACCGACUGGUGCUCGUUUUCGUCUUAAAGAUAUUUCGCCUAAAAAGUAUGAGCUUGAAUUAACUGAUGCAAAACUUGAGGAUGGUGCGACCUAUAAGGUUAUUCUAUCCAAUCGGGCUGGUCAAUGUGAAUCUCAAGCCGAUUUGAAAGUGCGCAAGCCUGUCCAAUUCAAAUUGCGUAAAGGCCUAAAUGAUGUUACCAUUAACGAGGGUGAACCUCUUGAACUUGUUGCCGAAUUGGAUGGACAGCCUGCAAGUGUUACAUGGUUGAAAAAUGGUGUGGAAGUAAAACCUGAUGGAGAAAGGCUAAAAAUUAUUUCCAACCCAGAAACUGGUAUUUAUUCAUUGCUCAUCCCUUCAGCAGCUACCUCAGAUGGAGGGGCUUAUCGUGUAGUUUUUGCAAACCCUGCUGGAGGAGAAGUUUCUUCUGGAUCUGUUGCUCAUGUUCGCUCGCGGAAACCAUCAAUAGAAACAAGUCCAGCAGUAUUCCUAUCUCCACUUUCGGACGUAGAAUUGCCAGAGGGGGAAGUUCUUACCUUAAAGUGCACUGUUGGAGGACAGCCAUUGCCUGAAGAGGUCAUAUGGUAUCGCAAAGCAGAGAGUGCCACUGCAGAAGAACAACUCCAACCAGAUGGUGAUCGUAUAGCCAUUCGUUUGGGCUUGGAUGGAAGUGCCAUGCUUCGUAUCCGAGAUGUAAAACGUUCUGAAGCUGGCCAAUUCCGAGCAGUCGCUAAAAAUGAAGCGGGACAGGCUGAAACAAGUUGCCAAGUUAAAGUAACAAUUGGUGGUGCCGAGAAAGGAGAAGCACCAAAAUUCAUUAUCCCAUUGAAAAAGACUGAAGGAGCUCCUGGUUCAAAUGUUGAAUUCCGUGUUAAAGUGCGAGGAGUGCCUUCCCCAACACUCGAAUGGACACUCAAUGGGAAACCAAUUAUUGGUGAACCACGUUUCAAACUUGAAGAUUUAUCUGAUGGAAAUUGGUCCUUAACCAUUGCUGAUAUACGUCAAGAAGAUUUUGGGACACUAAAGUGUGUUGCAAGUAAUCCACUUGGACAGGAUCAAUGUGAGGCACAGUUUGAGCCUUCUGAAAGGAAACCUUCAAUUGUUCCAUCUGAACCAAGUGGUUAUGCUCCUAAAUUUAAUGUACCUCUUUGGGACCGAAGAAUACCUGAAGGACAACCUUUAUCAAUUGAAUGUCAUGUAGAUGCGAAACCUGCAGCGGAUAUUGAAUGGUUUUACAAUGGUGAACCACUCAAGGACACUGGCGAUGGACGCAUUGAAAUUAGAAAUACGCCAGAUGGAGCCUGCCGGGUGCGCAUUAAAGAUUUUCGUGCUGACGCCGGAGCAGGUGAAUACCGCUGCCAGGCAACAAAUCCCUUCGGAGUUGCUGAUACCCGCGCAAACUACAACGUUGAACCAAUUGCAGAAAAAGAAGCACCUAAAGAAGAGCUUGCAAAAGCUCCAAGAUUCAAUCCCGGAUUGGAAGAUUGUGCCUUUGAGGAAGGCAAACAAAUUUUGCUUCGUUGCCGAGUAGAAGCUCAACCACCAGCAAGUAUUACGUUUUACAAGGAUGGUGUACCUAUUAGACCAGGUGACAGGAUUCGUAUAAAUUAUAAUGAAGAAAGUGGAGAGUGUUUGUUGACAAUUGAUGAUUGUUUAACUAACGAUGAAGGAGCUUAUCGCUGUGUUGCCCAAAACAUUCAUGGCAGCGCCAACACCGCAUGUCAAGUUGGAGUUAAAAAACGAGCUCCAUCUGUCACUGAGGAGGCUGCUGGUGAACCUCCUCAAUUUGUCCGUGGCCUUGUUGAUCAGUACAUUGACCGUGGUGACAAAAUGGUCUUCAGCUGUAUUUUGGGUGGUGGAACACCAGACGAAAUCAAAUGGUAUAGGGAUGGUAAACUACUUUCUCCUGCUGAAGGCCGAAUUGAGAUUGAACGUCUUCCAAAUGGAGAAUGCCGGCUUACUAUAAUUGAUUGCUCAAUUGCAGAUGAGGGUAUUUAUCGUUGUGAAGCGUCUAAUGCUUUUGGAACUGCUAAAACACAAGCUACUGGUCAUGUAGAUAUGAAACUAAAAGCAGAAAAGCCUCCACCAAGUGAAGAGGGAGAAGCACCACGCUUCAUUAUUCCCCUUUCUGAUUCUACCGUAUUUACUAGCUCUCCUAUUGAAUUAGAAUGUAAAGUAACUGGAAAACCAUUACCCACGGUAAAAUGGACAAAAGAUGGUCAUCCUUUGGCGGAAGAUGCCCGUUUCGAUUGGAGCGAGAGUCGGCCAGAUGAAGGUUUUUACCGAUUGCGAAUACGGGAUGCGACUGCCCACGAUGAAGGAACUUAUCGUUGUGUUGCUACAAAUGAGAGUGGGCAAGCAAGUACAAGGGCGACUGUACGGGUUGAAGAUGAGCUAGGGAAGGGAGCGCCUCCAACUGCUGAAGGAAAACCUCCAUUAAUCAGCGUACGCCUAGCAGAUCAGCGAGUAACAGAAGGGCAACCUCUAACACUCCAUUGCCGCGUUGAAGGUGAUCCAACACCCGAGUUGGUUUGGUACAAGGAUGGAGAACAGAUUCGACCCUCAGAACGAUGCCGUUUAGAACGUGACCCUAAAUCUGGAGACGGAAAACUAAUUAUUCCCUCAUGCACUAUUGAUGAUGACGGGGUUUACCGAGUGAUUGCUACAAAUCCUCAUGGUUCAGCUUAUGACAAGUGUACAGUAUCUGUUAAAAAAGCUGAAGAAGAACGUCCAAAAUUGGAAAAACCUGAGGGAGUUUCUGAUGAAUUCGAUGCAAAUAGAGCUCCAAAGCUACUUGAACCUUUACAAAAUGUUAAAGUAAUGGAAAAAGAGCCAAUAAAAAUGCGAUGCCGGUUCGGAUGGCGUAGUGGAGAUCCAAAGCCUACCAUUAAAUGGUAUAAAGAUGGAGAUCGUCUCUUUCCUUAUGACCACGUUGCCAUUCCAGAAAUUGAUGAUGAUGGAUGGUGUGAAUUGGAAAUCCCCGAAUCAAUGCGAUCUGAUUCUGGAAAUUAUCGUUGUAUAGCAGAGAAUCCUUUUGGUACUGCUCGAACUGUUGGAGAAGUUCAAGUAUCAAAAGAAGCUCGAAAACCAUUCGAAGAACGUUUGAAAGAUCAAUUAAAAGACAUUGGUCGUGCUCCAGGCUUUACUAUCCCCUUAACUAUGAAACGUGCAAAGCCUACAGAAACAGUUGUUUUCGAAUGCCUUCCUUAUGGACAGCCAUUCCCUGAUAUAAAAUGGCUCAAGGAUGGGAUUGAAAUUAAGCCUGGUGAAGGAAUUAGUAUUGAAGCAUUGCCAGAUGGAACACAAAGAUUAACACUUACAAAUGUAGACUUUCCCUCUGAAGGAUUCUAUCGAUGUGUGGCUAAUAAUGAAUAUGGCACAGCCAGCACUAAAGCAGAGCUUAAAAUGAUAGGUGAUCGUUUGCCUUCAAGAAAGGUAGAAGAAGAGGGCCCUCCAGCUGACCAGAAGCCGAGAAUUAGGCCUGGUCUGCAUAAUCAAAGCAUACAUCAAGGAAGCCCUCUCGAAUGGCAAGUUGCCGUUCUGGGAGUGCCUACGCCAAGUGUUGAAUGGCUUAAGGAUGGUAAACCUUUGGCAGAAGCUGCUGGCGCACCUGACUCGAGGAUAAGUAUUUUCCAAGAUGAGCGAGGCCUUCAUCAUUUGGUAAUUGUAAAUGUUCAACCAGACGAUGCCGGAGAUUAUUCAGUUGUUGCAAAAAAUCCACUUGGAGAGGUUGUCUCCACAGGCUCCUUAAGUGUCAUUCGACCUCGUGUUGUUGAAGGAGAAGAAGAGGAAGGACGUGGAGCUAUGCCAUUCCCACCUGGCUUUAUUAGACAACUCAAGAACAAACAUGUAUUCGUUAAAAUGCCUGCAAUAUUUGAUUGUCUUGUGGUUGGAUAUCCACCGCCGGAUGUUGAUUGGUAUCACAAUGGAAAAAAGAUAUGCCCCGGCCCUCGUCACAAGAUCCAGGUUGCUGGUGGUGGUUCGCAUGCCCUUCUAAUACAAGAUGUUUGUACUGAAGAUGCGGGUGAAUAUGUCGCUAUUGCGCGUAACUGUCAUGGACAGGCACAAAGUUCUGCCAUUUUGGAUGUAACAGUUCCAUUCAUGGACAAGAUUAAAUUUGACGGUUCUGAAGACGUUACACCAUAUUUAACGGAAGAAUACGGAUUCAGAAGGCAAAUGAAAUCAAUUCCAACACCCCCUGAUAGAGGGCCUUUCAUAAAAGAAGUUACUGGCCAUUAUUUAACCCUUUCCUGGAUUCCAACAAAGAGAAGUCCUCCAAGAUACCCUCAAGUUACAUAUGUUAUCGAAUUUCGUGAAUUGCCUGAUAAAGACUGGCAACUACUUGACUACAAUAUUCCAGAGCCUGUCUGCAAAGUUCGAAAUCUUGAACUGGGAAAAAGCUACCAGUUUCGUGUUCGUGCCGAGAAUAUUUAUGGAAUUAGCGAUCCAUCUCCCCCAUCACCCCCAUCGAGGCUAAUGGCAAGACCUCCACCAGUUUUAGACAAGUUCCGCCGAGUUAUACCUCUUCUUGACCCUUACAUGGAGCGAGCUUUAGAUCAAGCACAUGCUGAACAAUAUGCUUGCACUCCUUGGUUCGCGCCAGGCGUGAAAGAAAGACACUUCGUUGCAGAAACUGACCAUCUUUCAAUUACUUUACAUUAUGCAGGAUAUCCUGAUCCAAAAAUUACAUGGAAACAUAGAGGUUGGGAUAUUGAUGCCUCCGGGCCAACCUCAAACAUUCGUAUUUCCUCACAUGCUGGUGCUGAGACUACCAUCACAUUCCUAGGCUUUCAAAAGUCAAAUGCUGGGCAAUAUACCUGUGUGGCUGAGAACCAGUAUGGAAAAGCUGAACAAAAUUUACUUGUUGAUGUUGCUACCCGCCCAAAAUUCACUCAACCUUUAUCAAAUCGGGAUUACACUUCUGAUAAGCCAUUAAGGCUAAAUGUUCGUGUAGAAGGCAAUCCUGUGCCAGAGGUUAAAUGGCUUAAGGAUUGGCGGCCAGUUGCCGAAUCUUCACGCGUUCAUCUGAUUCAAGAAGAUUCGAAUUUGCGUACACUGCUUAUUGAUCAACCCAUUUGGAGCGAUUCCGGCAUUUAUACCUGUACUGCCUUCAACGACGCAGGUCAAGCAGUUACUUCUUGUACUAUUACUGUAGAAGUCGAAAAUGACUUUUUGAAAGAUUUCAAACUAAAAGACUUUCGAAAAUCUAUAAAAUUGGAGCGCGGACCUCUUCGAGAUAUUUAUGAUAUUCAAGAAGCUGUAGAAGAAGAAUAUUCUAUUGCAACAGAAUCUGUUAAAUAA